AUGUGUGAAUGCCAGGCAGAAUUUAAUGAUCUCCACGCCAAGCUUCAUGAUGCUAUAAUGAGAGGUGACCAGGAGACUAUCACAAGCCUGCUGACAGUGCAUCCAGUCAAUGAGCCCAUAACUAUCUGGAAAAAUUGUGCCAUGGUGCCUAUAUAUCAAAAUCAGGUAAAUCCAGCAAGUCUGCCCAAAGGGUUGUCCAUCCUACCAAUCCACUUGGUUGCAACAUAUCGAAAGGCAAGGAGCUUGGAAUGCUUAAUUCAACACAAAGCUGAUCUGGAGGCAAAGGAUGCAAGGGGCCGAAGGGCACUGCACCUCAUCCUCAUGCACUGGCCCAACACGGCCCGGGACUGGAUCGUGCCCAAGACCAAGUUCGAGAGGGCCAUGGCAGCCAUGCAGAGCCGGGCCGAGGCCUGCCUCCGCCUGCUGUGCCGCCACGGGGUGGAGGUGAACGCUACGGCCGGCACCGAGAGCCGGGACACGCCGCUGCACCUGGCCGUCCGCCACGGGGCCUGGCCGGCCGUGGCCGUGCUGGCCCGUCACGGGGCCGAGCUGGAGGCCACCGACCAGCACGGCAUGACGCCGCUGCACAUGGCCAGCGGCCUGCUAGACCGGCGGGUGACUGAGGAGCUGCUGGGCCGGGGGGCGAGGCUGGACGCUCGGGUACCAGGCAGCGGCUGCACGCCGCUCCAGCUGGCCGUGGGUGCCGCCUCGGGCAAGGCGGGCCGGCGCCUGGGGGCUGGGCUGGACUGCGUGCGGGCGCUGCUGGCGGCUGGGGCGGCCGUCGAUGCCCGCGACUGGCGGGGCAGGUCGGCGGCCCACGAGGCCUGCUUCGGCGGGCGGGAGGAGGUGGUGGACCUGCUGCUGGAGCAUGGCGCCAACCUGGGCCUCUGCACCGAGCUCGGCGAGUCUCCCCUUGCCCUCUUCCUGGAGCGUCGGCCUAACCUGAGGCGCCACCGGCUGCUCGCCAAGCUGCUCAGCCUCUCUUGCCCGCCUCGCAUCGCCGGCGCUGGUGGCUCGCUGCCCAGCGGCCUACUAGGCCCGGAGUUCCGCUGCCACCGUGAGUUCCUGCAGGCCUUGUGCCGGCAACCGCCGGCUCUCCGUGAUCUAUGCCGGGCAGCGGUCCGCAGGGCCCACAGCCGCCACCAGGCUCAGCAGCUGCUGCCCGGCCCCGUCUGGCGCUUCGUCUACAGUCACCAGGACUACGCCGAGCGACUGGAGGAGGUAGUGGCGGGAGGCCCGGACGAGCGGCAGGAGCCUGAAGCCCAAGCCAGGCUGGACAACAGCCUCAGCAGCCUGUACCUCUAA